UGUUAUGUCUAACAUUUAAAUUUAUAUGCUUAUCGAUAUAGAUUAAAGCCUUUAGCUACGUAGUCGUAGAUAUUUUUUAGAGUAGAGCAAGUCGAAUCUCUAGUGAAUAAGUGAAGGCCUACAGAAUGCCUCUUUUUGGCAAAAAAGAUUUUGGUAGAAAGUCAAAAAAAGACAGUAAAGAAGCUGAGAAGCAGCCAUCCAUCGAGGAUAAAUAUGUUGUAAAGGAUCUGCUCGGAACGGGAGCGUUUUCAGAAGUACGUCUCAUUGAGAGCAAAGAAAAUGGACAUUUGUUCGCUUGCAAAAUUAUUGAUAAAAAAGCCCUCAAAGGUAAAGAAGAUUCAUUGGAAAAUGAAAUUAGGGUCUUAAAAAGAUUUAGCGAAAACGCAAAAGCCGAGGGUGGCGAGAAAGAAAUGUUUUCUCACCCUAAUAUCGUCCAGCUGCUAGAGACAUACGAAGAUAAGAACAAGGUAUAUCUUGUAAUGGAAUUAGUAACUGGAGGUGAGUUAUUUGAUCGAAUUGUUGAGAAAGGAUCGUAUACAGAAAAAGACGCGUCUAAUCUUAUUAGACAAGUAUUAGAGGCUGUGGAUUACAUGCAUUGUCAGGGAGUGGUACAUAGAGAUUUAAAGCCAGAAAAUCUUCUUUAUUAUAGUGCAGAUGAGGAAAGUAAAAUUAUGAUAAGUGAUUUUGGUCUCUCUAAGAUUGAAGAUUCAGGAAUAAUGGCAACAGCUUGUGGUACACCAGGAUAUGUUGCUCCUGAAGUACUAGCUCAAAAACCUUAUGGUAAAGCUGUUGAUGUGUGGAGCAUAGGAGUUAUCUCUUAUAUUUUGCUAUGUGGAUAUCCUCCAUUUUAUGAUGAAAAUGAUGCAAAUCUUUUUGCCCAAAUUCUCAAAGGUGAUUUUGAGUUUGAUUCUCCUUAUUGGGAUGACAUUAGUGAGUCAGCUAAAGAUUUUAUCCGGCAUUUGAUGUGUGUAGAUGUGGACAAGAGAUAUACAUGCAAACAAGCUUUAGCACAUCCAUGGAUUUCUGGUAAUGCAGCUAGCAACAAGAAUAUACAUGGUACUGUAUCUGAGCAACUUAAGAAAAACUUUGCCAAAUCUCGCUGGAAACAAGCAUAUCAUGCGACUACAGUUAUCCGUCAGAUGCAAAAAAUGAUUCUCAGCAGCAGCAGCAGUUCAAGUCGUAAUACCAACGCCCAGCCCAAGCCCCAACAAUAGUUACACCUCUGAAUUAGCGACUUGUUAUGUGAUUAAGGUACUUAAUAAUACAUAUUUCUAUGUGAUUUGGAUCACCCAGCAAAUUUAUAUAAUCAACUCAUUGGUUGGUACAACAAUAUUACUUUGGUAGACAACAGUAAUUGAUAUUUAUUGUUGAGGCAAUUGCCGGCAAUAUGUGUCCUUGCUAAAUUUAUUAUAUUACUUUGUCAAUGUUUUGAUUUCAAUGGGUGAAUACAUUAACUUAGAAGUUAAUUAUUAAAACAAUCAACGAAACUUAAUAGAAUAUUGGACUAGUCACAGUAAUUAUGAGGUUUUAAAUCUAGAUGUCAAAUCAUUUUAUAAUCAUUAUUGGCUUUACAUACAAAUGCGGUGAAUGUGAAGGGCGUGAUUAGUUAAAAGUACCAUGUCUUCUUCUUUUGAACAUCAAAUUAAUGAUGAGAGAAAGAGAAAAUAGAGUUUCACUAAACACCCGCUGAACAUUGUUCAUGAGCAAGGCCAUAUCUCAAUAAUAUUUUUCAUAAGUGAUAUUUUUAAUUUCUGAACUUAAUUAGAUUUAUUUUUUCAAAGUAGGCUUCAUGCUUUGUUACUCUUCUUGGAAUCUCAUACUUCAAUCCAUGUCAUUGAUAAUCUCUAUUUAACCUUUUACAUGACACUGUAUAACAUAAUAUGUGUAAUAUCAAAAUCCUUGUAUGAAUCUUUAUUUAUCUUUUGAAUAAUUAAAAAGAGUAGUUAGGGUUAACAUUCUCUUCUAAACAUUCUGUGCUAAUAUUAACUUAUAGAUAAAGUGAUAAUCCCAUAAUGCUAGGAUUUGUUGGAAUUUUAAUAUAAAAUAUAAAUUAAUCAUUACAUGAAUGCCAUUAGAUAUUUGGGGCUUCAUGGGCUGAUAAUAUGACAAAUUUAUAUUGUCACAUAAAUGUGCAUAUUGACUGUUACUGUUUUAUGAAAAGGAGCUGUCCAUAAAGUGUAUUUAAAUUAUUCGGAUUUUCAGCUAAUAUUACUAGGAUUUGAAAGUUUGUUAUUAAAAUUUGAUAGUUAUAAUAUUGCUAGAAAUGUGAUUAGCUGCUGUUUCCAUUUAUUGUAUGCAAUAGUUGUAUUUGUUAGGUUAUGGUUAACAUCUGUGGGGUCUACUUGGAUUGACUUUGUUUAUACAAAUAUUGUUUACAAUUGAAUAUAAUGGAAAGCUGCUGAGCUAUAAUACUUAAUGUGUGUGUGUGUGUGUGUGUGGGUGUGUAUGUGGCAUAUUUCCUAUUUAACCAUAUUAUAAUAAAAUAGUUGUUUUAAAAAUUAUAUGCUAUAAUAUGUAAGAUUAUAUUCUAAAUUUGACUCCUUCCUAUCUUUUAGUAGUUUUACAAAUAUGACAACAGGAUGUCAUAAUCAAUAUUCAUUUCUGAACUACUGCUGAAAAUAAUUAACAAUGUUCUGUAAUUGCUGUUAGAAUAGAAAACUAACAUUUAAGUGGGCCUAAUACAAAAUUCACAAAAUAGCUUGUUUACAUUUAUUUAAUGUAGAAAAAUAAUAGAAAAAACACAUUAGAGCACGAUUUUUAAUGCAACAUCUCGAGAUAUGCUAUAUUUUAAUUACAAAAAAAAUGUUUAAAUUUGAAGGAGAUAGGUAAGAAAAGAAUGUGUGAAAAUCUAAUUGUUUAGAAAAAAUGGAAGAAUUUUCUUUUAUGAAUUUGUUUUAAAAAAAGGUCAACAAUGUUACCACAGUGCAAUCUAUGUCGUAUAUUAUAGGUUUUAGUUCAGAGAUUUUAUAACUACCUAUUCUUAAAAUGUUAUUAUAAGAUAGUCAUAUCAUGCUAAGCAUAACAAAAGUAACCAUUUUAUUAACCUAAUAACUCUUAGACUGUUUUAUUAUUCUUUUAGCAAUUUGAUUACUUAUCAUACUUUCCAACACCAUUUUAAAUAUGUAGCUAUCUGACAAAAAUUACAUUCCGUUAAGGAAUUCUAAUGUUAUAUCUUUUAAUAAAGACAUUCCAUUUUUCAGUAUUGCACUUUUACUAUUGCAUUAUGUUUAAAAUAUUUUAUUAUAUAAAAUAUUUAUAUUUUUACUAUACUUGUAAAAUUGAAAUUACAUAUAUUUUUAAAUAAAUAUAUAAUUUAGGUUGAUUAUAAUCUCAAAAAAAUGUUGUUAUGAUUUAUAUACAAAAUAUUUUGAAACAAAAAUAAAUUCAAGUAAUUGUGUCUUCCGUCCACAUCUUUCACGACCAACACCUUGUCAAAUUUUGAUUUAAUCCAUUUUAUUAAACAGUAACACAUGCAUACUACAAUCUAAUAUCAACCAUUUCUGAUUGUAAUAUUUGAUAAAUGAUUCUAUUUUAUUUGAAAUUCUAAUUUAUUUUUUCAUAAACCUGAAGUUCACCUAAUAAAACAAUAUUUACAAUUCUUAUCAGACAUAUAAAUGUAAAAAAAAUGUAAUUUGUGUUCAUGAAGGCUGUGACGGGAGAACUGAUUUAUAGAUUUUAAAAAUAUGUAAUUGAAAAUAUUGAGGUGAAAUUAGAAUGAUAUCUUAAUGUAUUAAUUUUAAAAUGUAAUCGAAAAUUCCCUUAUGCUUUUUUUCUGACAUGGGUAGGAAGACUGUACACUGUUAUCCAUGCCAGGGUAAUCGUUAUGCACUCUACUUUACAAUAUCACUUAUUUUAAUGAUAUCUUAAGUAUUUUAUUUAGAAAAGUAAGUUUUAAUUGAUUUUCAUAUGAAUUAAUGUUUUUGUAACCUUUGACAUUGAUAAUAUUCAACUCUGUUAAUUAUUCUUGUGACAAAGUUUUUCCUGUUUAUUAAUGACAUACUAGUCCUUUCUAAUCUCAUUUUGAUGAACAUGGUUUAUUUAAAUAAAUCAUUAGAUUAAUAUGACAAGUAAACUUAAGACGACAUUUAAUGUGCAUUAUAUUUUUUUCUAAAAUAAUUUCCAUUAUGUUUAUCAGAAUUUUAUUUUAAUGCAAUAGAAACAUUUUAACCACGUUGUGUUCUGUAAUAUAUUCUAUUUUUUACGAUAAAUCGGCUAUUGUUUACUUUUUUAAAUUUGGUGGUGGAAAUUACUAGUUUUUAAUAUUAGUUUACAAUAACAUGCAAUGUACAUUAAAAUGAUGAAAUUAGCGUACUUAUUAUUUGUUAUAAUAAUAUACGUAUAGAAGAUAUCGGUUGAAGCGCCUUCGAAAUACGAUGUUUUUAUAAUGUAGGACUUGUCACUGAUUUUAGAAGUAAGGAGUUAAUGAGUUAUGGAUAAUAUUUAUGUCUAUUUAUCUAUUAUGUUUGUGCCAUUAUAAUUGUUUACUAGCCUUUUUAAAAAGUGAUAAAUUUUAUAUAAAUUAACAUAAGGCUUACUCUUUUAUUACUAUAUAAUAUUUGAAAUUGUUGUGUGUGAUAUUAGAAUUUGCAUAUUAUAUUUUGCUUUCAUAGCUGUCAAUGUAUUAUAUUUUAAACGAAAUUAAUGGAUAUAUUAACAUCUAUUGGCAUUCUAUCUAGAGCUAAAGUAAUUGUGCGUUAUAUCUAAAUUAAAAAAAAAGCGUAUAAAAAUGAAUUAAUAUACGCACAAUAUAUUUCAGUUAUAUUGUUCACGAUAAACUUUAUUUCUAUCGAUUGUUUGAUUCAAUUUUAAAUAAUUAUGAUAUAUAUUAAAUAUUUUCAAAUUCUUUCAAUCAAGACUUGUAGAUUAUAAAUUUUAAAAUAAACACAGAUGCCUUGUGUUCUUUGACCAUAAUAAACCUUGCCAUACUCUAAUGCAUGUUCCUGCAAUUAAGUUACUUUCAAGCUUGCUCUCUGAUAGACGCAUAUCACUUGUUAUUAAUUUUUCACUGUGCCAAACCAUAUCUUGAUCCGUGUUAGCAUAUUAUAGAAAACAAAUAUGGACAUGGAAUAUGUUUCUUACUCGACAGUGGUUUAUGCAGUGCUAAUUGUAAUGAAUUCAAGUUCCUUGUCGAAUAAAAAAAUGUAUUUCUUUAUUUUGUAUAUUAAUUGUAAGUACAUACCUAACACAUCACUAUUUUUCGAAUGUUAUUACUUUAAAUUUUUUAAUGUAACACACUUUUAUUUUUAAUUAGCACAAUAGUUUUAAGGGUUGGGAUAAAAAAUAUAUCGACAAGUUUCUUUUUAUGUACUAAUUUAUUUAGUAUUGGCCACAUUAUUUAGUUUCGGUUGUGAAAUCGUUUGCCCCAUCAAGAAGAAUGUCAUGACAAGGCAUAAUACAUGUUUAAAGAUCUGAUGCUAUACUGAAUUCGUAAUCUUGUGAUUUUAGAUUUUAUACUUCUUGUUCUAAACAAUAAAAAGUUUUAGUAGAUAUUAGAUGUUAGCUCUAUUUUCAAUGUCAUUGUAAAUAAAAUGCCAACUUGUUGAA